ACCUUGGCCUUGCAGCUAUGUCCCAUUUGCUCUGUCAAAGUUUCUCGUGACAUGCUGAAUCACAUCACUCUGCAGCAUGGACAUUUGCUCAAGAUAUCCUUGAUAAUGGAAAUUUAAUUUCCUUGGUCUUUCUCUUCUUAUGAUUUGGAUACAUUAUCCAUGUCAAACUACUUGAUUUUGUGUACUGAUUGAAUUGCCAUUUAGGUUUCCUUUAACUGAAGAUUACUUGCAGAGACGCCGUAGGUUACGUAGAGUUGCAGUUCCUAACAGUCAAGCAUUGUCUCUCCUUGGCCGUGAUCUCCGUGAGGCUCACCUGCAAGUACUUCUAGGUGGUGGUGGAUAUAGGUCAAACAGUGUUAACGUGUCUAAUGCUGCUACUGAUCCGUUCCUUUCAUCACUUCUUUUGAAUUUCCCUGCAUCUGAAGCAGAAGAUAUUACAAAGUCUGUUGUAUCAAGUACUGAAGACACAUCUUCAAAGAAUGCAGCACCAACCCAUAUGUGGAAAUCAAGUUUCGAUCCAAAUUUGAGUUAUGAAGAGCGAGAAAAAAGGAUGAGGCAAGCUGCUGGUAGAGCCAUAUUUCUCCAGGAUCUGCUUCUGUCAACUCUGUUAAAUGAGUAACAAACAAGCUGGAAGUUAAUCGAAAAUAAUGAAAUGAGUUAUCCAAAUCUUAGAGGUACUUCUGGGUGGGAUUCUAAUGUUUCUAUGAUGUCUGACAACCUAAUGCAUGCCCAAUUGGAAUGUUGAGGCUGCAAUUGGUUGCUCCAUGAUAAGAUAUCCCCCAUCUGUCCUUUUUAACUCAUUUAUGAACCAGAAAUGGACUACUGAAUUAUGGACCCUUACUAGUGUAAUUAUGCUCAACUUUGGUAUAUGAGGUGAUUCAUUUCUUGCUACGUUGUACCUUCUAUUAAUGCAAAUUUCCAUUGUAGAUAAUUCAUCUGGACCAUCACGUCUGGUUCUUGUCAGCAGAAACACUGAUCAAAAAGAGAAGACUCUAAAGUGUUCUCUUCUGAUUUGAUAUAGGAAGAGAAGGUGUGUAUUUUUAAAAGCUAUCACAGUAGAGAAAGUGAGAGCUUGAGGACGCAGCCCUUGUUCUUCAUAUUCUGAUUUCGAUGAUGGUGGAGCUACUUGUAUUGGGAUGUACGGGAAUCGUGGUGUUCCUCCACGGAGCCAACUUCUUCUUCCACCUUCUCACUCAGCACUUCGCCGUCCGUGCUCUUAGUUUCCUGGGAUUUGUUGGGUGGUAAAGCAAGAAAUAUAACAGAGAUCAAUGACUGAUUCUUCAAGCAAGUUCUAUUACAGACUGGGGCAAGUUUUGUAGAUUAUUUUGUUUCUAUUUUACUUGACCUAGAAGUACUAGUAGUGGCAAUGCCAUAAGACCCAUAAUUAAUUAAAUAAGUCUUGAGAGUCGGGAAGAAGAAAUAAAAGGCUGGCUCCCUUGAAGUUCAGAGCCUUACCAUUAUGUAAAUUGUAUUUGACGAUCUUCUACAAAUUGCAU